AUGACGAUGAACUCCUUGGCCGAGAGCUUGCUGGGCAGCCCGCCGCCUCUGGAGCCCUCCAAGGGGGCCUUCUUGGACUUUGCGGGGCCUCUUUCGCCUCAACACCAAGCCCCUCAACCACAACCCCAACAGUACUCCCUCCAAGCCUUGCACCCGCUCCAGCCCGACGGAGGCGUCUUCCCGCCUUCCUCCUCCUCCGCCUCCUCCUCGGCCUCCUACAACCGAGCCUUGGCCUACCCGGCUUAUUCCGGGGUAACUUCAGGCAGCCCCCACCACGCUUUCUACCACCACCACCACCCCCAUCCCCACCACUCCAUUGGGGCUUCCUAUUCGCCUUACCAGCAGCCCUCCAUGGGCCACCCUGGGACCAGGCUGGAGGAGAACGACCUUGAGAAAACUACCAUAAUUGAAAAUGGGGAAAUCCGCAUCAAUGGGAAGGGGAAGAAGAUUCGUAAACCACGCACCAUCUACUCAAGCCUCCAGCUUCAGGCCCUCAACCAGCGCUUCCAGCAAACUCAGUACCUGGCCUUACCUGAGCGGGCAGAGUUAGCAGCACAGCUGGGCUUGACACAAACCCAGGUCAAGAUCUGGUUCCAGAACAAACGUUCCAAGUUCAAAAAGAUUAUGAAGCAGGGCUCCAGCAUACAAGAUGAUCACCUCCACAAUUCCUCAUCUUUGUCUCCCUGUUCCCCUAAUGUACCCCCACUCUGGGACAUCCCCAUGGCAUGCAAAGGAACUCCCCUUCCCCCUAACAGCUAUAUCAAUAGCUUUGCACCUUGGUACCACCAGCCCCAGCACCAGGACACCAUGGGGAGGCCUCCAGUGAUGUGACAAAGGUAGACAUUGUAGCUUGGGUGCAUAUGUUGUGUCUCUUCCUCUGAAGCUCUGAUCAGGACCCCAACACAGGACAAUGGGGGAUGUGAAUGGAGGGAUGGUAUUUCUGAAGGAAUCACCAGCACUUCUCUCUUGAUGAGAAGCUCUCUGGCAUCAGAUGACUUAAAAUGUGGAGAUUGACUUCUGCAAUCGGUUCAAGGACCAACUUCAACAGCAGUGGCAGAACGUUUGAUGUGGAGAUAAGGAAAGACGUAGAUAAUCGCUCCCUUAAAGUUGACAUCAGAACUCCAUUCCAAGUGGUAUCACUUCAUCUGGGAUUUACAAGAGUCAUGUCUAUGCUCUUCUUCCAUGACAUAGUACUGUGCUGGCUCUCAUUGUGUUAGGUAGUUGCCACAACUUUGGCUUGGUUUCAGUGCCUUAAACAGUUUUGACACUAGUCAUCAAAUAAACAGGUUACAUUUUUCUAAGAUGGAGUUUCAGAUAGGGAUAGGAAGGCUUUUUUUUUGUAUUUCUGCCUGUCACACAGCUGCUAAAGACAGGGGAGAAAUGGGUUUCCCCCCCUCCCACAGCAAACCCAAUUUGUGUGGCAGGGAACUACAUAGAAUUUUGUAUCAGACAGAUAUAGGGGUGGAGGAUACAGAACUGGAUGGAAAUGCAAGAAAGAAAACAGACAUGAAGGGACGUGGGGAUGAUUUGUGUGCUUCUACAGUUGUUGUUGGACUCUAGGUCCCAUGAGCCCAAGCCAGGGCUAAUAGGAACUGGAAUCCAUAGUAUCCACAGGGCCACAGUUCCUCACAUCUGCUCAGUGACAUGCCUUCAAUAUGGGUGGGGCAGAAAUUACUUGUUAACCUGAAGAAAAUGCUAUCUCUUCUCAUGGGGUUAAAACUGGCAAGAAUUUUACCCAGUGGAUUCAAUAUACUCCUGCCUACAAAAAAAGGAGAGAUUAUAGUUGUA